UCAUCGAACUGAAUCAAGAUAAAGUAAAGAGUGAUGUUGCAACAAUGCAACAAAUUGUUUCAUCUAUUUCACUUCGAUUGAAAACUGAUCGAGCAUUCUACGAAGCGAAACUUCUUAAUCAUCAACUCUUUUUUAUCAUUCGUGAUUAUUAUCUUGAUAUUCUGCAUCGUUGGCGAACUGGCCAAGCACUUGACCCAAUAUCAAGUCAAGUUUUCACUCAAAUAGCUAUUCUUUUUGCUGAAAUGUGCUUACAUGCUGUCGAUGCUGAUGUUGAUCAUUUGAAACAACUCUUAAUUUAUGAAACUUUCAUUAAUGAAAUUCGUGCAUGUCUCAAGGACAUCACUACAAAUGGUAAACAUUUGCAGGAUCAACAAAUAGAAGCAAUUGAUUAUACUCUUCGAGCUAUUCAUUAUCUUGAGAAAGGUCGAACAGAUAUUCAGAAAAUAGCAAUGUUAUCUGAACUACUCGAUAGUAUUGUCAAUUGCGUAUGUUCAAGUUAUUUCGUGUCCAUGUUUCAACAAAUAGCUGAACUCGAGAAACUCAAUGAAGGACAAACACUUUUACUCGAUACUUGUACGAAUUACAUCUCUAUGCAUGAUGCUGGCCGUUAUAAUGCCACUUGUGUAGCUGUUAGAACAGCUCUAUUAAAUACUUUUACUUGUUGGUUUCAAAAUCAAUUACUUUCUUUUCAUAAAUUGAGCAGAGUGGCAAUUAAAGUUAUUGGCCAACUUUGUAUUACAUUGAUUGGAGGAAAUGCUAGCGAUGAAGAAAUUUUUCCUCAACCAAUUCGUGAAGAUUAUUGCAAAAUGAUCGAUCAAAUAUCUUCCAUAUUAAAUAGAAUAAUGGAGUCUGAAACAAUUGAUGACAUAACAAAAACGUUAAUAAGAGUUCUUGCCCAAAAUUUGUAUUCUUUAACGAUGACAAAUGAUUUACGAGCAUAUAUCAAAAGUAAACACAUGAUCCCAUUGUUGUUAAAAUUAACUAAUAUUGAAGAUGAAACAAUACAAUUUCAUGUUUAUCGUAUAUUGGCUUCAAUUAUGACCGAAGAAGAUCUAAAAACAUUGACGAAUUCGACUAAAAUCGCUAAUGUCUUUCUCGGAUUUCUUAUUAAUCUAAUCGAUGAUUCCAGCAUGACACCACGAUUUCAUAAUUUACUUCGUAGUCUCAAAGGUAAAUUAGAUUUUGAUUUUUUUCCACGAAAAUCACUAGAACAAAAUGAGAAUUUGAAGUAA